AUGAUCCUGCUCAGCAUAUAUUUGUGCCUGGCGGCAAUGUUGCACCAAUCAAGUAGUGUGGCCUCUCCUGAUCUUCCUGGUUUGAUGACCUCCAAUGCUAACCAACAAAAGGUGAUUGUUGACACACACAAUAAUCUACGGAGAACAGUGCAACCCACUGCCAGCAACAUGCUGAAGAUGGAAUGGGACUUCGCUACUGCACGAAAUGCACAGCGCUCAGCAGACGCGUGUACUUUAGAGCACACUCCACAAGGAGACAGAACAAUAAAUGGUGUGUUGUGUGGAGAAAAUCUCUUCUAUUCAAGUGUCAUUCAUCCAUGGCUUUAUGCCAUUCAGGACUGGUUCAACGAGAGGAACGUCUUUAGCUUUGGUAAAGGACCAACAAAACCAGGAGCCAUGGUUGGCCAUUACCUUCAGGUAGUUUGGUACAGAAGUUACAAAGUGGGAUGUGCUGUUGCCUACUGUCCUGAACAGAAGACUUACAAGUACUUCUACGUUUGCCAGUACUGCCCAGCAGGAAAUCUUAGAUCCCAGAAAUACACUCCCUAUAAAACAGGACGUCCAUGCGGGGACUGCCCACACGCUUGCGACAACGGAUUGUGCACUAAUCCAUGCAAGCACGAGGAUGAUUACAGCAACUGUCCAGAUUUAAAGAAACAAGUGGGAUGCGACGAUACUAUGAUGAAAGAAUCAUGCAAGGCUUCUUGCAAAUGUACCACAGAAAUAAAGUGA